AUGACUUCUUUGGAACAAUAACCUGAAAAUCUCUUAGAAAUUGAUGAAAAUCAAGCAGAAGAGCUGAUAAAGUAGUAGAAAAUUUAGGAACGCAUGAAUUCAGAGUUUGAAAAAGAAUUGAAACGCAUUUACAAAGAAAUUGACGAUCUUUCAAGUUUGCUGUGGAGUCAUAAGGAUCAGACUUAGCUUAUUCAACGAAGAGACAAUAAAUAAAAGACUAGAUCAAACAUUACGACUGAUGUCAAGGAGGAGAAUCAAAAGUGGGAGAAGGACACAAAUGCCUAGUUUGGCUAUGGAGAAAUCACUAGAGGAGCAUUGACUAAUUUGAUUAGUGUGCUUCAGAGAUCUGAAAGCAUGCUCAGAAUCAAAUUAACUCCAGAGUAGAUUUAGAAACUACCAUUUCCGUUAGAGUCAUAUAAUUUGACAGAAAAGUCUACAUUUCUAGAUAUUGGCAGCGGCUUUGGAAAGCCAGUAUUUCAUGCGAGUAUGUAGGUUUACUGCAGAAGCAAAGGUAUUGAGGUAGUCCCAGCAAGAGUUGCAUUCUGCAUUGAUGAAAAAUAUCAAAUUCUAGAGCAUAAUAAGAAAAAACAAGAAAAAAAACAGAGAGAUCUUGAAAAAUAAAAUUCAAACAGUACCCAAAAAGAGGACAACUAACAAGAAAGUGGUAAUCAGAAUUAAGUGUAAGCAAAAGGAGCAUCGGAAGAAAUGAAAACAGAUUUGAACAAUGUGAACGAUAACUCAAGCAUGAAUAUGAUGGCUCAUUAGGAAAACUUCGAAAUCAGACUAGUCGAUAGCACUUAUUCGUCCACUUACUAGCUUAAUGAAAGAAAUUAACUUCCUAUAGGGGAUGUUAUUAGCCUAAUGACUGGUUCAGUUGAGUCAUUAAGAAGACUUGAAGUAUCUUUACCAUAAUUAAGAUUAUAUGGAAUUGAGUUUGGUGAUGAAUUAGUAUAGAAAUUAAAGAGCAUCAGAAGAGCUAUUGAUAGUAAAUUAGACAAUAGCGAUUUUUCUGUUAACAUCAACAUGAAUAGUAACAGUAUCCUGAGCCUAAAUUAGGCAUAAAUUUCUAGAUUAAAUUAAAACUAAUAAGAUAAGAAUAAAUCUUCAAAGCAAUAAUUAAAUUCGAGUCCACUAUAGAGUGCUAAUACCUCAGCAUCUAGCACUAAUAAACUCAAUCCAUUUAGAAGAGGUAAUAAUAAUGGAGAUACCCUAAAAGCAUACUUUAAGGAUGAUUGGGUUGAUAAAACUGAGUUUGAAGUAUGCGAUGCAGCAAAGCCUAUAGAAAAAUAUGAUAUUGAUGGCAGCGACUAUACUCACAUUUACUCUUACAACAAAGUGAUGAGUGAUAGCGACCGUAGAGGUAUUUGUAAGAUACUAAAUAGAACAAAUUUCAAAAUUAUGGCUUGGUAUUUUGGGCCUGAAAAAACAAAGCAAGAUGGCUUGAGAAAUUUCGAGCUUCUCUACAAGUCACCGAUGCAAUCUACAGGAAAUGAAAAAUUUACCUGCUAUGUUUACUAUAAAACUAAGUUAUUUGAAGCAGGGGUAGAUGACGUUAGUAGUAGUGAGGAAGAUGAAGAUGAAAAUGAGGAAUCAAAAGCAAAGAAAGAUUCACUGAGUGAUGAAGAGGGUGAUGACAACAACCCAGAGUCUGAGAAAAGUGGAGAUUCAUCUUCAGAUGAAAUUGAGGAUGGAACAGCUAAAAAGAGUUCUUAGUAAAAACCUAAGAAAAAGAGAAAAGGGAAGAAAGGAAGAGGCAGAUGGGGUAAGAGGUAAGGACAGAGUAUUACAAAAUUAGAGAGUGAAGUAAGACCUACUAAAAAGUAAAAGAAGUAAUCGAAAUGA